AUGGAGAAGGAAGCUAUCCACGUGGCCUUAAUCCAAGAACCCUGGCUUGUAGCCAGUAAAGUUCGAGGCGUCCGUUCUGGUGAUUUAACGGUAGUUGCACUAGAGCGACAAGGGUUACCAACCCUAAUCAUAUCAUCUGCGUACCUACCAUACGACGAAGCUAAUCCGCCCUCACGUGCCGUACGCACACUUGUAGACUGGUGUAACACAAGGGGCCAUGAUCUCAUCAUAGGAUGUGAUGCUAAUGCCCAUCAUACUCUGUGGGGGAGCUCGGAUAUAAAUGACAGGGGUGAGUGUUUACUUCAAUACCUUCUAUCUACUAACCUAAGUGUUUGCAAUAGGGGUAAUAUACCAACGUUCUUCAAUAGGAUCAGGGAGCAGGUCAUUGAUAUUACUUUGGUAGGGAACACUGACUCAGUUAGAAUUCUUGAUUGGAGAGUUUCACUCGAGUGCUCAUUCUCCGAUCACCACAGGAUAGUGUUUACGAUACAGCUUACACUGGAUAGGGAAAAACCCUUUAGAAAUCCUAGGAAAACCGACUGGGUCAAAUUCUGUAAUCUUAGUGACAUCAUACCACAUCCAGCAAUGGAUAGAUUAAAUGGUACACGGGACUUGGACGACUCGGUGGAUUUUCUAUCCAGGUCAUUAAGGGAAGCCUACUAUGCUUCGUGUAGGGAGCGGCAGGGACCUAGGAAAUUCCGGCAACCAUGGUGGAAUCCUAGACUAAUGCAGCUAAGAAAGGAAUGUAGAAAACUUUUUAAUAAGGCGAAGAGGGACCAAGACUUGUUAAGCUGGGACGAUUAUCGUCAAAGCUUCAACACUUUCAAGAGGGAAACCAGACGGGCAAAGAGGGAAUCUUGGGAGCGUUUCUGUGGGGAACUGGAGAAUACCACGGAGGCAUCGCGUCUACGAAAGGUACUAUCCAAGGAUCCUGGUACGCCUGGAUUCCUGAUGAAACCGGAUGGUAACUUUACUGAAAGUAGUAUCGAAACUUUGGAACUGCUAAUGGAGACACACUUUCCGGGUUGCAGGGAUGAUGAAAAUGAGGUAUCCGCUUCGGAGCAUCUUGCAGCUUCUCAAAUCCACAUAAGUGAAUUAGUUAGAUCCAUUGUUAGCGUGGAGAAAAUCUCGUGGGCGGUGUCAUCUUUCAAGCCCUAUAAAUCACCAGGGCCAGAUGGCAUAUUCCCAGCGUUACUCCAAAAAUCGAUUUCAACCAUCAUGCCAUGGCUUAUAAUGAUAUUUAGGGUAUUACAAAAGGAGAAAACGCAAAUAGAAAAGGACAUCAAUUGUAAAAUAACAAGAGAACAACAUGAUGAUGUUGUUUACAAUGAGAAAAACAGCAACAACGAAAACAAUAAUAACUUGAGCACAACAGCUACAACAAUGUUGGACUAUGAUGAUGCUGAUGAUUAUGAUAAUAAUAAUGAUGAUGAUGAUGAGGAUGAUGUUGAUAAAGCCUGUCAUAAAAUAUGUUCUUAA